AUGACAGAGUUUAAUGAUGACUGCAAAGAAGCAUGGGACACUCUCAAAGACAUAUUAGCUAAAGCCCCAGUCCGAUUCCUUCCAGACCUUACGAAACCCUUUCUGCUGUACACAGAUGGCUCAAAGGAGUUUAGCUUUGAAGCUGCUUUGCACCAGGUCGACAAGAACAAGGUUGCUACUGCAAUAUGGGUAAUUAUAAAACUGCGACAAUACCUAGACAAAAAUAAGUUCACGCUAUACACAGACCAUGCCACUAGAGACUCACUAAAUGGGCCUUAUACCUUACACACCAACCAGAUGAAGAAACAAGCAGAACCAGAAAACCCAAUUAAGAAUAGAUUCAAACUUGACACUGCAACUAGGCUACUAUAUAUGAUAUGGGAAAACAUAGAGAGACUAUGUAUUCUAGCUAAAGCCCACAAGCUCAUUCUCAUGGCCACUCAUGAUUAUAAGGGACACCCUAGUAUUCAAAAGAUAUAG